AUGGCGCUAUCCAGUCUACCGUCAGAGCUUCUUCUCCAACUGUGCACCCAUUUGCAACUUCAAGAAUUGGGCGCCCUCACCCGCGCAUCAUCUCGUUGUUAUGAGAUUCUGAAUCCCGAGCUUUACUCCCGAGGCAUCGCGGCAGGUCUUGUCAUGCAAAUGGUGUUUCUGGCAGCAGAGAGAGGGCUUGCAAAUACCGCAGAGCUUUGUUUAUGCAGGCAGCCCUGUCCGCCGCCCGAGGCGAUACAGUUCGGCUUCGAAGACAGGCCCUUGCAGCGCGCAACGGAUCUGGGACAUGUUGAGGUUGUUCGGCAAUUACUCAAGUGGGGUUUCGGCAAUCCAAAUGCCGGGAGUGGUGGAACGUUUCAGACUCCGUUGAAGUUGGCAAUCUUCUCGGGACACAUCAAUAUGGUCCGUGUACUCCUGGAGCAUCACAGUGUCGACUGCAACUUCGAGGACGACUACAACCGUUACACACCCCUCCAUGUGGCUGCUAUGCGGGGAGACGGAGAUAUUGUGAAGUCUCUCCUUCAGAGAAUUGACAUCAAACCCGACGAGCCAGAUUCCUACCGUCGCACACCGCUGUCGUACGCUGCAGAGAGGGGCAACACGGAUGUGGUUCGGUUGCUUCUUGAAUGCAGCAAAGUUGACCGUUACUCAAAGGAUAAGCAGGGGAUGGCGCCGCUAGACUAUGCGAUGAUAGAAGGGAACACUGGAGCGGUUAAGCUACUGCUUUCGGCUGAGUGGAAUAUUGCGUCGAGUUCCAGGGGCAAUUCGCUGUUUCGGAGGCUUGAAGCAACCAUGACCGCGCAUUCAUUCUAUAUUUAUAAAAAGACCGGCCCGAUAAGGGCCGCCAUAACGAAGUUUUUUCACUGA